UCAUUAUUGUACCUUAGCCCCCCCGAUCGUGCUGUCCUCCAACCAACUGCAGUGCCUUUCGAACAGCGUAUCGUCUCUCUCACUCUUCCAUUCUCUCAUUCUCCCUUGCCUUUUUUUUGUCCUCUCUUUCGUUCGGUGAGUACGUAGACGUUGCGUGUGAGUGUAUGUGUGUGUUUUGUCGUUGAUCGCGUUUACGUUUUCACCGCGAUGUCAUCCGGUAACUGGGAACUGGUCAGCAGGAAGAAGGACAGGGGCAACGACAAGUCGAACAAGCUCACGAAGGCUGAGAAGAAGAAAUUCAUUGAGAACGCGCCGAAAGUCGAAGACUUCUUGCCUUUGAGUCAAGUGAAGACACUGUACGAUAACUUAGAUGGAAACAAAGAGAAUAAGAAGCCUGCCAAAACGCAAGGGAAAGAACACAAGACAAAGGAGAAUGAGGAGAAGAAGAAGCAACAUCAGAAACAGCAACAGCAUGUUGAAAAGAAGAAAUCUGAGCCAAAGGAGAAACCUCCAAAAACUGUUAAGGAUGCAUUGAAUGCGAUUGAUCCACAAGAACUCGAUGAACUUUUGGCCACUGCACAAGUCAGAUUUCCCGAGGCUCCCCUGCUCUGGUUGAAGGAACUCAAUGCCUUCCUCAACAUUAAGAUACCCAUCAACAAGGAAGAUGCGAUUUUCUCAGGAAAACCCAAGGAUUACCCGUUAAGUUUAGUACCUAAAGCGAUCUCUUCCAUACUAGAACGAGCAGUGGAGAUGACAGGCCAGCAAACCAUACAAAUUUUUUAUGAGAACACUCUCACGGCAAUGGCCACUGACAUGGUCAAGGGAAUUCCCGUUAUCGGACACAAGAUAUUUUUGCAGUUGCUAGCGCACUUAAAUCCCGAAAUGACUGCCGCCAACAUUCUCAAACUGAUUACCAUAAGGAAUUCUUACGAGAAUAGGAAGAACAUUGGCUUGUCUUUGUUAUGGGCCUGGUCACAGGCCGGCAAGAAGAAUUUUGCGGUCGGUUUGAAAAUUUGGCAUGAAGUAAUGUCACCGAUGCUGGAGACGAAGGGCUACGCCAGUUACGUUGUGCAAAUUCUUAACGAUCUCGUCUUCGGGCAUGAUAAUGUCCAUGAUCUUAGUCUGGAUCUAUACCUGAGUAUCAUCAUGGAUACCUAUUCUCAAAGGUUUCAAAACAUUCAACCCGCGAAUCUUGGAAAAGACCUUAGCGCGAGUAUCGACAGGUUGAGAUCAAUAUUGUUUAGAAACAAGGAUAUAUGUUACACGAAAUUGUUUGAAAUGUUAAUGGGAAAAGUAUCGCAGAAGUCAGAUUUGAACUAUAGGAACGAGUUGAUUAAGGUUCUUGCGGAUUGUCUCGUCACGGAACCUGUUUGCUUCACUAUUUGGAGUUCCAUUUAUACCAAGAAUUUAUACCAAUCCAGUCUUCUUCUGUCAUAUAUUGAAACGAAUUUACCUAGUUUACAAACCAAGUUCAAAGCUAAGCAUUUCAAAGAAACCCUCGGAAUUAUUCAAAACAAUAAUGAAAAGUGGAAAAAAGCCAAAGACGAAAACCUGGCGCUUACAUGCAAGAAAUCAUCUCAGGCACUACUGAAGAAAAUGACCUCUUCCAGCCGUGGUUUUCCAUGGAGAUUUGCUAGUCUCCUUUUAUUGUUUUUGAUCGGUGCUAUCGUAGCAUACGACACACAGAAACAUGGCUCGUUUGAAGCAUCCCAAGUUGGAAAGUUCUUGAAAACUAGCGGAAUAUUGAAACAUGUAGAAAAGGCAUGGACUACUCUAAAGUUCUAUUGGUCUGCAGGACAUAAAGCAGUUAAGGAUAGCUCGGAAUAUUAUAAAGCCGUUGUAGACUUGUGUGCACCGUACAUUAAAUUAGCUGGCGAUGUCUGUCUUGUAGUAAGAAAUGUUUCAAUUAAAUUAUAUAACAAUGUCGCGGCAUAUGUUGAAAGGAACGUACCUAUAAUUAUUGACACAAUCGAACAUUACGCUCCGGGGAUCUUCGAGCAAAUUAAAUCCCGAAGUCUUCAGGGACUGGAGUUUGUGAAAGUUUCCUUCAUUCUGAUUGGAGAGAAAGUUAUUGAACAUUCCAGCGCGUCGAUACAGUGGCUGGAGAAGAACGUUUUUGUAGGCAAGCUUAGCCCAGAUAAUCUCCGCAAUUACGCCAUUUGGGCUUUCGACACGACGCAAUCGUACGCCACUCAAACGUACGAUUGGGUGUACGAGAAAGUGCAGACUCUCUCCAAAGUGCCAUGAAUAAAAUCCAAUGGUUUACUGUAUGAAUAAUUAUUGCGUUGACGGCGAAAUUUCCGCCUCUUCACGCGACUCUCCGCAUUUAUUAUUUAUGACAUGGAAACGUUACAUAUAUAUUUUCCGAAGAUCACGAAUGCGUCAGCCAUUUUACCUGUGAUAUCUCGAAUAGAAAAUCUAUAUCUUGCUUUGGUUGGUCUUGACGAAGAAAAUUUCGCGAUCUUCUAAAUAAACCGGAACAAUUGCGGGCGUUUUUUAUUAAGACAAAUAUUUUUCUGUCAUUUUCUUUAAAAUUAUUAUUAUAACUAAUAAUAUAUAUGUAUAUCCGAACAUUAGAUCUUUGUACGCAAAUCGUUCGAAAGUGCGAUCUUUAGUAUUUUGUAUUUUCAUUUAUAAUUUUGAGGAUUUUGAUUGAAAAUUUACAUUCGAUUACAUUGAACGAUCGAAUAAAAAUUUUUUCGUAACAGUUCUUCUUGUAGAUGUAGUAAAGGAAGGACUCUACUACAAAUAAAAAAAAAUUUAAGAAAAAAAUCAUGUCGGAAAAAUGGGUCAGAAUAAUAACAACAACAACGGUGAUAUUUUUAGGAAUAGCAGAAUAGUAUAUAUAUAUUAAUAAAUAUCGUAAUAUAAUAUAAUAAUAAUAAUGAAAUGAUGGUAAUAAUAGCGAUGAAAUGCAAUAGAUGAAUAUGAGAUAUGAUAAUAUAAUUUUAACAAGAAUAUAUUAAAGUUUUACAUGGGAAGAGAGAUCUGUGUGUGGAUAGUGACAGUCACUUCCAUAAAGCCACGUAUGUAAAAAUGAGUUGUCUUAUUUCCCCCCUUCAAUAAAGUUUCAGCAGCGUGCCUUUUCUUUUAAA